AUGUUUAGGCUAUUCACAUGUGCGAGCUGGCUGCCAUGGUAUCGAUUGGAAUAUUUGACAGAUGAUAUUCUUGCUGGAUUUACAUUGGUGACAAUGAUGAUCCCUCAGUCUAUUGGGUAUGCAGUCAUGGCCAAUCUACCUCCUAUUCAGGGAUUAUAUACUGCCAGUAUUCCUCCCAUCAUUUAUUUUAUUUUUGGGACAUCUCCAUAUAUCAGUAUCGCACCAUUUGCGGUGACAUCGUUAAUGGCGGGCGAAUCUGUUCUAAAUGCAGCAAAGUGGUUUACGGAUCUACGCCAAUUUGGCAAUCAGUCAUCAAGCUUACCAACCAACAGCACAACCAUUCCCCCAUGGCAAGAAUAUCCUGAUAUAACUUGCAUUGCAUCCCUUCAAGCGUUUAUGCUUGGUCUGGUUUUGCUCAGCAUAUAUUCUGUAUCACUUCAUAAGCCCCUUGGAAAGCUUGUUACAAAACAGCUGAUGAAUGCAUUUACAACAGCUGCGAGUUUUUCUAUCCUGACAUCACAAAUUAAAAACAUCCUUGGAGUGCGAAUCAUGGCGACUAAGGGCAUCAGUCCAAAUAUUGAUACGUGGAUUCAGCUUGUGAAACAAGCUGGCAAUAUCAAUUGGGUUUCAGUAGUACUGGGUGUAGUCACCAUAGCAAUGAUUAUUGGGCUACCGAAAUGCGAGGAAGCACUGCGUCAAUGGAUUCGAAAGUCUAACAACAAAUUGCAGAUGGCCUCCACAGUUUCAAUAGGAAAUGAGAUAAAAGCUGAGAAUGAUUCAGAUACCAACUCAUCUCUUGCAGUACGCACAAAACCUAAAAGGCGCAAUUCACAAGAAUCUGUCAUAGAUAACCCACAUACGCGAUAUGGGAUCACACCUAGUGCAUCUGCCCAUUCACUCCAUCCUACCAGUUUAAGCAUUCUACACGGAACAGGAUACGGAACUAUCCAUACAACUUUGGAAAAUCAAGCCUCUAGUUCCAAAAUACUUGGACACAAGCCACUACACUCGCUUCAAAAUGGGCUUGAUGGCCCACUACUGAAUGAUAGUGACAUCUUUUCCGAAGUUUCGCUAACUUAUGACGCACAAAGUGAGAUGCCUUUUGAGCCCAUUACAGAGACUCCCGAUCAGAGUCAAAGAUCCAGUCAAAACAAGCCCCUGCCAACACAACCCUUGGCAACAUCACGGGCAGUUAUUCCUGCAGUCUUGGUGGCAAUUCUCAUUUCAACUCUAGUUUCUUUCUUUUUUCAUCUUCCACAGAUUUACAAAAUCAAAACUAUUGGACAUAUCCAGUCAGGGUUUCCUACAUUUUCGUUGCCAUGGUCCUUUCCAAGCGUUUACAACACCGUCUCAAAUGCCACGCUUUCAAAAACCUUAUUUAAAAAUCAACCUUUUGCUCAAAUAGCAGAUGUACCACAGCCUACGUUAUCAGAGCUCUUUGCGCUGGUAGUAUUUCUAUUACCCAGUGUGUUUUCAAUUGCAUUAGUGACGUAUGUGACUUCCAUUUCAAUCAUUUGCACCUUUUCAAAUGUAACAAUUAUUCGACCUAUAAAUCCAUCAAUUGGUAAUGACGAAUUGAUCAUUGCAAAUGGCACGAAUGAUUGCUUGCACCAUAAUUCAGCCGAGACAGUGCAGCCUUUGCAAGAGCAAUCUCGUCAUUCGUUAACCAAUUCCAAUUUAAAUCCUGAUACUCAACAGUUAAAAAAAGGUCAAGACGCACAGGAACUACUUGCUCUGUCACUAUCUCAACUAGUUUCUUCUUUUUUCACAUGCUUUGUUUCUGGUGCAGGACUUUCUCGUAGUGCAGUCUUGGCACACCAAACUGACCUGCGUACACCAUUAGCAUGCCUUAUAACAGUAGGAAUCAUUGGUCUAAUUAUAUCCUUUUUCACAGCGCCUUUUCAACACAUACCUGCACCAGUACUAUCUGCAGUGAUUGUUGCUGCUAUCUGGAAACCUUUGAAACGCGUAACGGGCAUAAAAGGAUUGGUUGUAGAUGCUUUAGUAAAUGCCAAGCAAGCAGAUUUGGAUGGAUUGUGGCACAAAAGUGUCAGACAGUCAUUGCUAUCAAAUAGGUCGGAAGCCACAGAAUAUACACAUAUUAAUGAGGAGUCAGAACAGGAGUUGGCUGUUGCCAACACUUUGCCAUGUCUAUACGAGGGUUUGCCUGUUCAGUCCAAACCACUUGCAUGGAAGCAAAUGUGGAUGAAUCUACAUAGAUAUGCCAAAAUAGCUGUUGUGUGGGAAGAUGUAUGUGUGUGGACAAUAACAUUGCUGAUAACUGGAUUGAUAGAUUCCACUUGGGGAAUCCUGAGUGGAUGCGUUACUGUUGGAUGGUUCAGAAUGCUAGGCAAGCUUGUUUGA